GUGUACACUGUCCCUGUGAAAUUUUCAAUGGUGAAUCUAGGUGUGAAAACUACCCAGAACUUUGUCAAGUAUAAAAACAAGUUUGGGGGAAUGUGGAAAUAAGGCAACGAGGCAAUGACGCGAGUUUCGCACUGUAGACGAGGAAUAGCAAAAAUUUUUUAAUGACCUUUAUUGUAGGUCUUAACUAGAUCUUUAAAAAAGAUUUUUUGAGAUUACCCUGGAUGGUGAACCCGACAAAAAUGUCAUCUUAAAGAUCCAGUCCUCGACAACAUAGACGAAUAUUUCAUGAGUGCACUUAAUAUUCGAUCCAUAAAAUUUCUUCUUGGAGUGGGUUUGCUGGUGAAAUAAAGUGAACAAAACUGUUGAGUGGAUAAAAAAAGGGCAUGUCGAGGAGAGGAGUAGGUAAUUUUUGCCAUUCCCUGGCCGAGGAAAAUUCGAUUCAGGCAGAAAUUCAGAUUCGUCCGAUAACGGUACACGGGGAAGAAGUUCAGGGCACUGAUACCCGAUGGAACCAAACAGGGGGCAAUCUCCAGAGACAAUUAUCCUUGCAGGAGGCUUAUUGGUCACGUGAAGUGAGCAUAUCGUCCGCCCGGGCGUCGGUGAUGGUCUACGAUGACGUGAACAAACGAUGGAUACCAAGUGGCAGUUCAUCAGGCCUCUCAAAAGUACAAUUGUACCAUCACCUUGUGCACAAUACAUUUCGUGUAGUUGGUAGAAAACUGCAGGAUCAUGAGAUCGUUAUAAAUUGCGCAAUACUGAGGGGAUUAAAGUACAAUCAGGCUACGGUAACGUUUCACCAAUGGCGAGACAACAAUCAAGUUUAUGGACUGAAUUUUUCGAGUAAGGACGAUGCGGAUGCUUUUGCUAAAGCAAUGCAGCAGGCCCUCGAUGUGCUGAGCAAUGGGAGUAACAUAUCGAGGAGUCUCGUUCCAACUGUCACGCAAGCUGGCCAGCAGCAACAGCAACAGCAACAGCCACAGCAGCAGCAACAGCCUACCGUCUACUCCCAGCAGCCACAGCAGCAGCAACAACAACAGCAACCCCCAUCAUCUCAGGGGACCACCCAGUACGAGGAGGACAUGGGUUAUAGGUACGAAAACCAGACUAUGACGAAGGAAGACGUGGCCAUUAUCCAAGAGCGUAGAAUGUCUCAACAGAGUCAAGGUUCAAAUGGAGUGCUGGCAGUCUCACCGAGCUAUCAAGUUCAGCCUCAGGUACAACAGCAGCCACUCCCCCAGCAACAACAACCACCGCAGCACCAACAGCAGCAGCAGCAGCAGCAACAGCAACAGCAGCAGCAGCAACAGCCACAAUCAGGCCACCACAGAACGUCUUCAGCGCCUCCAGCGCCCCAGCCCCAGGCACCACCAAUGCCAGGGACAAUGACAGCACUGAGGCCCCAGAUAUCUGGCCCCCCUGCACCCCCACCAGUACCACCAGCCCCGCCAUGUCCACCCUCGAUGAUGAACCUGAAUUCAGCCCCAGUGCCACCCCCAAUGAUAAAUCAGUACGCACAAUCACCCUCCCAAUGUAACCUAUCGAAUCAGCCCCAGUCCUCAUCAAUCUACGCCAGUAGCAAUCAAAAUCAGUAUACAAAUAAUCAUAAUCAGUAUUCGGGUAGUCAGCCAAAUCUGUACGGUAGUAAUGCCAAUUUCCAAGGGAAUCAGUAUGGGAGCAGUCAAAAUUCUCAGUACGGUGGUAGUCAAUAUGGGAGUAGUAAUUCGAUAAAUCAGUAUGCUAGUACACCGAGUCAGUAUCAGGGACAGGUACAGAAUCAGGCUCAGUAUGGGCAAACAAAUGUCAAUCCGUAUGGGACACCGGUGAAUAAUGUCAAUCAGUAUGCAAGUGCUACACAGAGUGCUAAUGCAUAUACUCCGGUUGUUAGCAGUGGCGGUCCACCACCACCCCCAAUGGGACCACUCGCUGGUCCCGCUGCACCACCUCCACCUCCACCACCACCCGCACCCAAUACUUGUGCCAAUAGCACAACAAAUUCUGAACCACAGCCCGAUGUUAAUUCCCUAGCAGCUGCACUACAGGCUGCCAGGUUGAAAAAGAAACAGCAAGCCCAACCGGUUGAAAAUAGUGGCUCCAGCACGAGCAGCAGUGGAAGUGGCGGGGGUGGCAAUUAUGGAACUAUCGGACGUGGUGGUGGAGGCGGUAUGGCCUCGAUGAUGGACGAGAUGGCUAAGACACUGGCGCGUCGUCGGGCUGCUGUCGAGAAAAAACAACCCGAUCCACCCCCAGAGCCGGAGAGCUCGCCAGAUAAGAAAUCAUGGGACAAGAGUAAUGCAUCGAAUAAUAAAUUCUCAAAUGGCGCGGAGUCCCCCAAGUCAGCUCGAAAAAGAUUUGGCUCGGCAUCGGAAGACACACUUCUCAAAGUCAAUGGUAUUAAUGAGGGGGCUUUUCUCACUGCUCAAGAAAUGGAGGCUUUCAAAGCUGAGAUAAUCAAGGAAGUCAAAAAGGAAUUCCAGAAAAUGAAAAAUGAUAUUGUGGAGGCUCUGAAAGUCGAAUUGAGCAGAAGGUAAAGAAACGAGGAUAAUAUCCCAUCACUGGAAAAUGGUAUUCUUGAGAGAUUUGAUUAGAUAGGUGACCCACGCAUCAUCGACAGCAACAUACGAGGUUUUUAAUGAAAAAAUAAUAAUAAUACUAUUGAUAAUAACGAUUAAAAAACAUUCGGGGAGAAAUGGAAAGAGAUACAAGCGAAAAACUCAUGUAGCAAUAUCCGUGUAUAUCAGCCAUUUGUGUGUAAGUACGUUAAUCUUAGAUUAGUAAAGUUGAAAUUUUCAAUGCCCCAGUCUGUCACUGAUAACUAAUGACGAGAUAACACUUGGACCAAUUGAGCUGUCAAUGAAAUUACCGACGCACAUUUAUUAGUUUUACGAAAUAUUCCUUUCUAGGGAGUAAUUUUAAACAGUAUGACUUCUAUUACUGUGUAAUGAUUCUAAAUUUUUUAAUAAUUUCCGUAUUUAAUUUAAGGAUAUCCAAGUAUUUUUUUUGUGUAAUCAUGUCAUAGAAAUUUUCAAAGCUGUUCGAAAUUUGAUGCUUGAUUUUUAUUUUGAACUUUUUGAAAAGAUCUUAAAUGUAUAAUUUCAUUAUUCUUUCAAAUUUUCAAACGCAAUUUCAUUCAAGACUACAGUAGACGCCCGUUAUAGUCGUGUGUGUAGGGCUGUAGGGGAAGUGACCGGAAACUGAUUUUUUUUUUUAUAGCGAAUUCCAAUACGAGAGAAAUUUAUUUUUCAUCACGAUGUGGCGAAUAGCAACUUUCAUGAAGAAAAAUAUUCAGUUCAAUCGAUUGUUCAUACACUCCGCUAUUGAUUUAUCUAAUGUGAUUAAAGAAAAUACUUGGAUUUCUUUAAUAGGAUUAUCUCAGCUUGAUUGGUCUCACGUGUAAUAGUAUAAAAUAGCUUCAUCGCCGUUGAUUAAUUACCUGAAACCGACUCUGAAUCAAACUGACGAUUUAAUGCACAAAAAUGUACAGUUGUUCACCAAUGUCGUGGCGUAAAUUUUUAUAAUUCCCGUGUUACGUUAACCCCCCGGUCGUUUUGUAUUAAAAUCUAUCGCAAAAAGUGAUUCAAGAUUGCAUUUAACGAGGUACAUAUCACAAUCUGUUCUAACACAUUCCGUUAACCUGUUCUUCAGACUGAUGACGCGGAAAAAUUCAGGUCAUACUUCAAUCCUAUCGGGUUAUUUAUGUGAUUCAUUAAUUAUUAAUUGAUUGGGGACAUCCAAGUCACGAGGGCUAUUGCCACGUCUUGGAUUUAAUUGAAUUAUUCUACCAAAAGCUGAACAAAUUGACUUGAGCGAUUGAACAUUAUUAAAUAUGAUAAGAAAUUCAUCUACAGACAAAAAUUAUCUCUUAACAAUUUUAAUUAUGAUUUUUAUGCAAUUAUUGGAACGUAAUGAUCAACGAGUGAUUCAAAAGUGGUCACCCACUCUAGGCUUUUCACAUCUAUGUUAUUGCCAUGGAGAUAAUAAUUCUAAUUAUUUUUGCUUGAAAUGAAAAUUUAUCGACUCAUUUGUGAUUAAUGGUAAGCAAGUAAAAUUCGAUGAUUCUCAUCAAGAAGUAUUAAUAAUAAAAUUCUUCAGACAUUUCGUUUGCCCUCAAGACUGAAUUGGAAGAGAACAAUCUCAUUAAUGUAAAUAAACCGAAUGUGAUUGAUAUGAGGUAAUCCAUCAAGUCACGUAAAAGCCUAGUGGUCCUCUGUGCACUGUUAAAUACAAACACAAAAUAAAAAGAGCAAUACGGGAGGAUAAACUAAGCCAACUGUUAUCAAUAGGUUUUGAUAUUAUUUACUCAAUGAUUGAUACGAACGAUAACCAAUGUGCACUCGAUGAUCCAACAAACGACUGAAAUUUGCAUUAAAACCCCUUCCAAUUUUUUUACUUUUCCGACAUAUUUUAGUCAAAUAAAUUUUGUAACCACUCGGUGAUUGCUGAAACCUAAGAAUUGGUGACAAAUUAAAACAAUGUUUACUCUAACAUUAAGAAUUUUUCGAAGGCUGAUCGCUGUAUUUACACAAUUUUCACGCGCCCAAAUGCACAUGCUUCUGCUAAAGGUCUACAGCUGUAUCACAACAUGCAAAAAUUAUAAUAAAAACGCUUCAUAGAUUUUAUAUUUAACGGAUGACUAUUGGAAAGAGGGAGAGCAAUGAUAAAGAGAAUGUGAAUGAAGUAUUAUUCGAUGAAAUAUCUCGAAUAUUUCUCGACGCUUGUCCCUCGGUCAUCCAAGCUAAUGAAAUUGGGUUAAUCAUCCGGAUAAAAUGAGAAGUAUUGAGGGGUAUCUCUUAGCUUGGAAAAUUGAAUAGAAUAUCGAGAAGUAAAACGGAACAGUAGAAUAGCGGUACAUUGGGCAAAAUACGCGUUACGUUUUCACUUUCUUUUCUCAAAUUUUCUAUUAAUUGUAGAAAGUUAGGAAAAGAAAUUGUCCCCCGAUCAUUCAAAAGAUGAAUAUAUUCAUUGACACGCUAGUUCCGUUUGAUAAAUAUCCGUUAAUAAUAUUAUUUCAUAUAUUUUAUAACAAUCUUGUAAAUAUAAUUAGUAUAUCUUCCACACUAAAUAUUUAUUUUCAUCCAUUUUAACCCCAUUAACGUAAAUUAAAUCAUUCGAGUGUAGAAUAACGAGAAUACUUGAUUUCUUUGAAAAUUGUGAAGGUUUUGUCCUGUCUUGUUUGUUCAGUGAGAGUCCGAAUGACGAUGGGUUGUGCACUAAAAGGUGUUAGACAAAUGGAUAAGAUACAAUUGACCUUUAUCGAUUUGAAAUCUAGAUAAUUCAAUUAAGUCACCUUCAUGAAAUGUAUUUGGGUGUUUGUUUCUUUUUUUUUUCAUGAAAUUAUCUGUUACAAUCUGAGUUGUAAAUUGUGAUAUCCUUUUUGCAGACGCAGAGCUAUUCAUUUCCUUCGACAAAAUCAUUCUGUAAUCAUAAUGCAAAUCCUACUGCAAUUUGAAUUUGAGAUAUACAAAUCAGUAGCGAAGAGGUCAAGGGAAGUGACUCGAGUUUUCGAGGGAUAUCUCUCAUUCUAAAAGACAUAGCCAAUUUUUUUGUAGAACUGUUUUUGUAGAGUUUAUUGAGAGCUACAAAAAUGAUGUUCACACGAAUUUCGCUAUUUCUGGUACAUUCGGAGAUAUUCUGGGGAAAUUUAUCUAGUGCGAAGUUGACCUGUUCGUUGGUGAAAUCAUUCGACAAAUUAUUAUAUUCCGUGGCUUCGCUAUUUCAUUGUAGCUUAUUGCUAGCUGGUAGAACGAUAAAUUCUAGUGUAAUUUUGUAUUUUUGUACUUUUGAGAUUCAUCGAACAUGAAUUUUUGAUGAAUUGAUUCUCAUGGAGUAGUAAAUUCGACAUUUGUGAUGAGAAUGCUUUGGACUGCUCGUUUUUCCUUCAGCUUAUUUCUUAUCUUUAGUAAAGUAAGUACAGGAUAUUCUUGCGAACUGAUUAUCACUAUUUGUCGAAUGAGUCGUUCCUGUCGAUAAUUCUUUGCAGUCGCUAUCUUCUUUGAAUUGACGUUUGAGGAUAUUUCGGUGGGAUAAAUAAAAAUAAACCCAACACAAUAAAAUUUCGAGUUCACUUGCCGCAAUAUAUUUCCAAUAAAAACGUCUACGAAUAUCAAAUCACCCGGAGAAUUACAUUUGUAUUUCAUACAACUCAAUCUUUCCCGCGGAGAGAAAUUAAUCGAAACAAUGACAUGAUUUCCAUAAUAAAUUUUUCUCCGUGUAUUGAACUUUACCUUUAGGCUUUUUGCAGUGAAAUAAUUAUUUACAAACAAUAAUUCCUGUUGAAUAUCCUCAAAGUCAACGGUCAACCUCAAUUUACCGGAAUUUUCCAAUUAUUGGCUCUUCACCUGCCCCUCAUUAUUAUUUAAUGAUUAAACCACAUGAGUGGCAUGAACAGUCAGACGUUUGAAUAUAAAAAAUAAAUCUGACGAAAAGGAUCUAGCGAUUUGACAACGCCACAUAGUAUUUGAAAUCUAGAUGUUAAGUUAUGUAGAAGUAAUUUGUAUCGAAACUUAGACAUAAAUUGAAAAAAAAAAACGUACAUAAUUCAGCGAUGAGCUGUUGAGUAAAAGAUCGACAUGAAAUAAAUAAAAGUAAGAGUGAAGCGAUAGACCUUUUAUCGCUGAUUCUGAAACGUGAGAUGAUAAAGGAAGUUAUUUGUAUGUAAAUGAACGACAAACAAUAAAACUAUCAUAUACCUA